AUGAAGCUGUUUGGAGACUUGUUUAGUGUUUCUUUCUUGUGUUUGUUUUUGGGAGUUUUAUCCGGAUCCUCUUCAGAAACGGAGAGGCAUCAAACUUUGAGUCUGGAGGGUAAAUGGAGCCUUUCAAACUCUAAUGAGUCUCUGUCUCUGCCUGCAGAUGUGCCUGGAUGUGUUCACUCAGCUCUGCAGCAGCAAGGAUACAUAAAGGACCCUUAUUACAGGUUCAAUGAUCUGUCUUAUCGGUGGAUUGCUCUCGAUAACUGGACGUACACGACCACGUUUACUGCGUCUGCCCAGCUGAGGGCCAAACAGGAAGUUCUUCUUGUCUUUGAUGGUGUCGACACUAUAGCUUCAAUCUGGCUCAAUGGGGUCGUCGUGGGCAACACAGACAACAUGUUUCGCCGAUAUGACUUUCCCGUCAGAGACUUGCUGAAGGACGGAGAUAACGUGCUGAAAGUUAGCUUCACGUCUCCUGUUCAUUAUGCGUCUGAACGGAGGAAAGCUCAUUCUGCAUACAGAGUUCCUCCUGAAUGUCCUCCAGAUGUUCAGAAAGGGGAAUGUCACGUCAACUUCAUCAGAAAAGAGCAGAGCUCGUUCAGUUGGGACUGGGGGCCUUCGUUUCCCACCAUGGGACUGUGGAAAGGAGUUCAACUGGAGGCGUUCGACGUGCUGCAUCUCAUCCAGAGUUCCUCUGUUGCUCUCUACAACGUCAGCGUCUCUCAGUGGAGAGUCCAGAUCGAGCUCCUCGUUGAUGCGGUUCAGACAACAAACGGGGAAGUCACGUUCUCCGUACCCGAGCUGGACUCAGAGCGGACGGUCCAGACACAGUUCCUCCCGGGAAAGACCAAGAACAUCUUCACCUUACACAUCAACACGAGCAACCAGGUGAAGCUGUGGUGGCCCAACGGACACGGUGAACAACCCUUUUACCGCUUCGCCGUCACCGUCAGACACUCUCAGGGCGGAUAUUUAAUACUGAACACAGAGUCCAAGGUGUAUUUCCGUACAGUGGAACUGGUCCAGGAGCCCGUUGUCGGGUCCCCGGGCCUGAGCUUUUAUUUCCGCAUCAAUGGAAAACCAGUUUUCCUCAAAGGCUCCAACUGGAUCCCGGCCCACUCCUUCCAGGACCAAGUCACCCCUGCCGUCUUAAAGAACUUGUUGCAGUCGGCGGUGGACGCUAAUAUGAACGCCCUCAGGGUUUGGGGAGGAGGAGUGUAUGAACAGGAUCUGUUCUACAGCCUCUGUGACGAGAUGGGAAUCAUGGUUUGGCAGGAUUUUAUGUUUGCCUGCGCUAUGUAUCCCACUGAGGACGACUUCAUACAAACAGUAAGAGAAGAAGUCAUUCAACAGGUUCGACGCCUGAAGUCUCACCCCUCCAUAAUAAUCUGGAGUGGAAACAAUGAAAAUGAAGCCGCUCUGGCGACAAACUGGUUCGACAUCCCGGUUUCCCAGAAGCCUAUGUAUGUGAAAGACUACGUGACGCUGUAUGUGAACAACAUACGGGCGAUCGUUCAAGAGGAGGACCAGAGUCGCCCCUUUCUUGUCUCCAGUCCGACAAACGGAGCUGAAUCGGAGCAGGAGGGUUGGGUGGCAGCGAACCCCUACGACCCUCAUUAUGGGGACACACACUUCUACAGCUACGUCCUCGACUGCUGGGAUUGGCGGACUUUCCCUCGGACCCGGUUUGCCUCUGAGUACGGCUUCCAGUCGUGGCCUUCCUUGUCCACUCUGUGGCCGGUUUCCAUCACAGAAGACUGUGACUACAGCAGUAACUUCACCUCCCAUCGUCAGCACCAUGCGGACGGGAACCAGCAGAUGUUACAGCAGGCUGCUUUACACUUCCACCUGCCGAACUCCACAUAUACAUGGAAAAGAUUCACAGACACUCUCUACCUCACUCAGGUCAUGCAGGCGCAGUGCGUCAAGGCUCAGACUGAGUUUUAUCGGCGGAGUCGGAGUGAGAUCAUCGAGGGCAAAGGUCAAACCAUGGGCGCUCUAUACUGGCAGCUCAAUGAUAUUUGGCAGGCUCCUUCCUGGUCAUCGAUAGAGUUUGGUGGGAGAUGGAAAAUGUUGCAUCAUUUCGCACAGAACUUCUUUGCGGCCGUCCUGCCCGUCGGUUUUGAGGAUGACGACACGCUCUUCAUCUACGCCGUGUCAGACCUGAGUCAUGACCUGAAGCUCAGGGCGGCGGUUUCGGUGUACUCGUGGAGUGAUCUGGAUCCUGUGUGCAAACUGAACUCAGACCUGCUUCUGGUACCAGGAGGCAGCGCAGUGGUCAUAUUCAAACAGCCAGUCGCCGCCCUGCUGGCAGGAUGCGGCAACUGCACCCGCUUCACCUGUCUGCUCACCUUCCACCUGGAGGAUAGCGAGGGCCAGCAGGGUCCAACCAACCAUCACUUCCUCUGCUCACUUAAAGACGCUCAGGGGCUCCGGAGACCACGCAUUAAAGCGAAGAUUCAGAAGGAUAAGACGGGAUACGCUGUCAACCUCCUCUCCUCCUCCGUGGCUCCUUUCGUCUGGCUCGAUGCUCGAGGCAUCCCGGGACGUUUCAGCUCCAACGGCUUCCUCAUGGUUUCUAGAAACAUGACGGUCAGUUUUAACGCGUGGCGUCCCAUCAGCUUCGAAGAACUCUUCACAUCCCUCACUGUCACGUCUUUAACGGACGUUUACUAACCUGAGUCCAACCGGCCUCCAUGUGGAGCUGCACCAAAGAGCAGCGGACGGACUGAAGUGGUCCUGUCCCGUGUCUUAGCAGGUAUUCAGUCCUCACAGUUUGAUCGUUGGCUGCAUUUUCGUCUCUAAAAGGGUUUGAGCCUUGUGUGAUUAUAAAGGCCAGGCUGAUAUUUAGAGACUUACGCUGGUGAAGCUGAAAGUUUGUGCCAGUUUUCUAAAUCUUUGAACUUGUUUUCUUGCCAAAUAAAUGAGAGUUUUUUUCUUCAGAGGGGAAAACUUUCUGAAAGACCAGUUAGACCAUCGUGUGGGACUGGAAAUGCCCAAAAGAAGGAAAAUUAUUUAAUUAAAUUGAUAAAGAAUGGCUGAAUUGAUGGAGCUUUUUUAUCCAAAGAAAAGUUUCAGUUUCUUGCAGAAAGGCAUUUUAACAUGUGGACAGGAGAAGCUG